CACUGCCGCCAUGGAAUUUGUGUGAGCAGAGAAAUGGAGACGCGUCCUGUAGAUGGAGAAUGGGGACCAUGGGGACCUUAUAGCUCAUGUUCAAGAACUUGUGGAGGUGGAAUCAAGAGCACCACCAGGCUGUGUAAUAGACCAGAACCAAGAAAUGGAGGAAAGUACUGCGUUGGCCGCAGGAUGAAAUUUCGGUCAUGUAAUACUGAUUCAUGUCCAAAAGGCAAAAAAGAUUUCCGGGAGCAACAGUGCUCUGAAUUUGAUGGCAAACACUUUAAUAUCAACGGUCUUACAUCUGCUGUUCGCUGGCUUCCAAAAUACAGUGGUAUUUCUAUGAAAGAUCGCUGUAAACUUUUUUGCCGAGUUUCUGGAACAACUUCCUACUAUCAGCUGAAGGACAGAGUUGCUGAUGGUACUCCCUGUGGAGCAGAAACCAAUGACCUUUGUGUUCAAGGCUUAUGCAGGCAAGCAGGCUGUGAUCACGUUUUGAAUUCCAAGGCAAGGAGAGACAAAUGUGGAAUCUGUGGUGGUGAUAAUUCUUCAUGUAAAACUCUUGCAGGUACUUUCAACAGUGCUCGUUAUGGUUACAAUGUUGUAGUAAAUAUUCCCAAAGGAGCAACAAACAUUGAUAUUCAGCAGCACAGCUACUCAGGGAAACCAGAAGAUGACAACUACCUGGCUUUAUCUGAUAUUCAUGGAAAUUUUAUCUUGAAUGGAAAUUUUGUUGUAAGCAUGUCAAAAAGAGAAAUCAAUAUACAAGGAGCCAUUUUUGAGUACAGUGGUUCAAACAAUACGAUAGAACGAAUUAACAGCACUGAUAGAAUCGAAGAAGAGCUAACCUUACAGGUUUUGUGUGUAGGGCAUUUAUACAACCCUGAUGUGCGUUAUUCAUUCAAUAUCCCAAUAGAAGACAGAAGUGAUCUAUUUACAUGGGAUCCUUACGGACCCUGGCAAGACUGCAGCAGGAUGUGCCAAGGUAUUCGAAGAAGACGAAUGACAUGCAUACAUAAAAGUGAUCAUGUGGUAGUGUCCGAUCAAAGAUGUGAACUUAUACCCACAGUACCAGAAAUCUUUGAGGAGUGUAAUACAGAGUGUGAAUUAAGGUGGCACCAUGUUGGCAAAAGCGACUGCACGUCGAAGUGUGGCCCAGGGUAUCGGUCUGUAGAGAUCCACUGCAUGAAGUACUCUAUUUCAAAAGGACUCAGUGCUCCAGUGGAUGAUAAGUACUGUGCUGAUCAGCAGAAACCACCAACCAGAGAGCCCUGCCAUGGUGAUUGUAUGUUAACAAGUUGGCACUACACAGAAUGGUCAGAGUGUUCCAGGAGCUGUGAAAGAGGUGUCAGAACCAGAGAAGCUUUUUGUAUGAACAAUUUGGGUCGUCAUCUUCCUGACAGAGAAUGCCAGGAACUUCCAAGAGUUGUAACCCAGAGUUGCAAUGAAUUCUUAUGUCCAAGCUGGUCUGUUAGUGAGUGGAGUGAGUGUCCAGUGACAUGUGGCAAAGGAACGAAGCAUCGUCAAGUGUGGUGCCAACUUAAUGAUGAACAGCUGAGAGAUGAUUUCUGUAAUCCAAAUGAUAGACCAGAAUCAAUAACGCCAUGUGAACUUCAUGAAUGUGCAUUUUGGCAAGUAGGGCCUUGGGGAUCAUGUGCUGUAACGUGUGGACGUGGAUACCAGAUGCGUGCAGUCAAAUGUGUUACUGGGACUUACAGAGUUAUUUUGGAUGAUAGCGAAUGUAAUGCUGCUACUCGUCCUAGAGAUAACCAAGAGUGUGAAUUACCCUCUUGUCCAGAAAAUACAAAAUUACGGACUACAUCGCUUCCUCUAGUUCAUGUGGGGAAGAUGACCCAGUGGAGAUAUGGAUCAUGGACCCCAUGCUCUGCAUCCUGUGGGAAGGGUGAUCGUGCUCGCUAUGUGAGUUGUAGAGAUGCUCAUGGAGGAAUAGCAGAUGAAUCUUUGUGUGCUCAUUUACCACGACCAGCUGAAAUUUCAAGCUGCUUCAGCCCAUGUGGAGAGUGGCAAGUUGGAAAUUGGUCCCCUUGCACAGUUACGUGUGAUAGUGGAAUAGUAACAAGACAAGUUAUUUGUGUCAACUAUCAUCAACAAAUCAACGAGAAUUACUGUGAUCCUGAAGGCCGACCUUCCAAAGAACAAGAAUGUAACAUGCCACCAUGUCCACCAGUUUAUCAUCAUGUUCCGAAAAUACAUGACCACCCAAGCCAUUUUCCAGAAAUAGGUUACCUUCCAAUACACCAUCCACAAGACAGUAUCAACCAGUGGAACCGUCCCUCUGCAGGAGGAUAUCAAUGGAGAACUGGACCCUGGGGAGCAUGCUCUAGUACUUGUGCAGGUGGAUUUCACCGUCGAGUUGUAGUAUGUCAAGAUGAGGAAGGAAGAAGUGCUAGUUAUUGUGAGGAGGCAACAAAACCUCCAGAGUCAAGACACUGUGAUUCUGGACCCUGCCCACGAUGGAACUAUGGGAACUGGGGAGAAUGUACUCAAACUUGUGGAGAUGGAAUAAAGACAAGACUGGUGAUUUGUCAGCUUCCUACUGGCCAAAUGCUGGGUGAUCAAAACUGUGAAAUUCUAGACAAGCCACCUAAUAUGGCACAAUGUAACGUGCAUUCUUGCCCUGGUGAUGUUUCAUGGCAUCGGGGACCGUGGAAAUCGGUACGAUAG